AUGCCUGCUGCAAAGGGAGAAGACUCGUCUACCGGGGCUGUUGACCCUUCCCAGUUCCGCGUGGCCAUCGUUGGGGGCGGGAUCGGCGGGCUCACCACAGCACUCAGCCUUGCCACGUACAGCCCGGAGUUGCCUGCAAGCAACAUCACCGUGUAUGAGCAAGCCCCCGCCUACAGCGAGAUUGGUGCCGGCGUCGGCAUAGGUGUGUCUGCCGGCCGGGUGCUGCAGAAGCUGGGAGUGUGGCCGGCAGCGAAUGCCAUCUCGGGCUCCCGAAACAACGUGCACCGCAGCAACCGCCGUUGGGACACAGACGAGCUGAUCGUGGAUGCCUUGGCCUUUGACAACGGUGGCGUUGAGGAGGUAAGGCAGCUGUGGGUGCAUCGAGCCGAGUUCCUGGAGGUCUUGUACAGCGAGAUUCAGAGGAGGGACUGUGCCACGCUCAAGACGAACAAGAGACUCGUCGGACUGGAGGACCAUGGCUCUACGGUGACCCUUCGCUUUGCUGAUGGAACAGAGGAGUCAGCGAAUCUGGUCAUUGGGUGCGACGGGAUUCACAGCACCGUCCGCUCUCAUUUUGCGGUGGAUAAGCCCGUGUACUCGGGCCGGAUCGCCUUCAGGGGCACGAUUCCCCUGUCUGCUGUGUCCGACAACUGGCCCUACUCGUCGUGGACGCUCUCCUGGCUGGCGCCCAACAAGCAUUUCCUGGCAUUCCCCAUGUCGCAAGACCGGCUCAUGAAUGUCGUCGCAUUCGUCACGAAGCCCGAGAGUGAACUGGGCGGGCUGAAGGAGAGCUGGAGAAGUGAAGCACCGCGAGAAGCCAUUGAGAAGGAAUACGCCGGGUGGAAUCCGACCGUGCAGAGAAUCAUCCAGGCCAUGCCACCCGUCAUCAGCGAAUGGAAGAUUAACGACAGGGAGAUUUUGUCUCAAUGGUGCUACAUGGAUGGCAAGGUCGUUCUCAGCGGCGAUGCCGCGCACGCGAUGUUACCCAUGCAAGGAUCCGGGGCCGGGUUGUCCAUCGAAGAUGCCAACAUGCUCGGCUUUGUCGUGCGAGAUUACCUGAAGAACCCAGGCGCAGGACUCGCGACGUAUGUCAACCUGUACCAGGCGGCACGCGUCCCACGGGCGCAGAAAGCCCAGAUCACAUCCCGACAGGCGGCUGAGGUCUACGACAUGCACGGGCCCGACUUUGAAGGAAAGACAUUCGAGGAGUGUCUCCCGGUGGUGCGGGACAAGGUCAAGGACCGUAUGGCGUGGGUGUGGAAGUCGAACUUGGAAGCAGACUGGGCGGCUGCGAAGGAAAGCAUUGGGCUUGCAUAG